AUGUCGCAGAAGCGGCAACAAGAGGACUCCAAGGAGUUAUCACAGAUUGUUUUGGUUGAUGCAGAAGAAUUGCAACUGGCUUUGUCCAAUUUGUUCGUCCUUUUGGAACCAACCUUGAAUUUUUCAUUGAGCUUCUCAUCAAGACCUCCGACUGACUUUUUACCUCAUCAAAAAAUUUUAUGGACACUGGAUGCAUGGACAUCAGUUAGUGCAGGAAAUGCAAAAAUUGCUAGUUUUUUGCUUGAGAUGUGGUUUAGUUGGCACUCUUUUUUGUGGAUCAUUCAGCCUGUUUUGCUCAAGAACUUUUCAAGGAUGGAUGAUUUUGAAAUGAAACUACCUCAUAUGUUUUUCCAGCCUGUGAGAAUGGCAACUGUUGACCACAUUCUGCAAAGUACAUCUGCUAUCAAGGAUUAUCCCGUGCACUGCUUAAAAAUUAGAGUUGCUUCAGGUAAUUUGUGGCAAAGUUGUCCACCUGUUACAAAUGUACAAGCUUUUCUUUUAUCUGUGGCUCGGUCUCUCUUCCAAUAG